AUGGGCACGUCGAGCCGGCUCGGGCGCUGCAUGAAGGCGCCGCUCCGAAUGCUGUGCCGGGCGCGCGACAUGUACGUGCGCGGCCUCAACGCCUUCGCUGACCACAUGCAGCAUGGUGCGGCGAUGGCGUACCCGGCGAUGGCAUCGACAAACUACAGCUUCACGCCGGCGAGGGCUAGCGCGGGAGACGACGACGACCUCAGGGAGCUGAUACGGGCUGCGUCACUGGCCCGGGCCCGCACGUUGCCUCGUCGGGCGGCGCCGGCGCCGGCGGUGCGCAAGAGCCAAAGCAUGGCCAUCGGAAGGAUCGACGAGGACAAGCCGUGUCUCAGCUUCGAUGACGACGUCGAGGUCGGGUCGAGCUUGGUGUUCGCUAGGAGGAGCAGGAGCUGUGUAGCGGGAGGAAAGAGGAGGGCGAGGUCGUUUGUGUGA